UAAAGUCAUGCUCCUCGAUCAGCUUCUCUGACGAUUGUGUUUUAGUUUCUCUCGCUGUUCUCUUCGCGCCUCCUUUGCUCUCACCGCUUGCUCAACUUGCUCUCCGCCAUGGACAUGUCGAUCAUCUCUAACGACAGAGCUCAUUCCGACGGCUCAAACUGGAGGACCGAUGAAGAGGUCAUGGACAUGUACGACCGCUGGCUUUUGAAACAAGGCAAGGUCUACAACGGUUUGGGGGAGAAGGAGAAGAGGUUUCAGAUCUUCAAGGACAACCUCAGGUUCAUCGAUGAGCAAAACGCUGAGAAUCGGACCUACAAGAUGGGGCUGAAUAAGUUCGCCGAUCUGAACAACGACGAGUUCGUGGACAAGCAUCUUGGUAUCACCAGGAUUGAUCCCAGGAGGAGCAUUGCCAAGACCAAGAGCAACUGUUGCGCUCCACAUAUGGAAGAAAUUGAUUCAAAGAUGUGGCCUGAGUUAUUAGCUAAAGCUUUCAUAGAUGUUAUGGCUAAAACUCAAAUGAGUGAAGCAAUUGCAACAUGGGCUGAAGCAUCUAAGGCAAAAGCUGAAGCAUAUAAGGAAAAGGCUGAGAGAUAUAAAGGUGAGAAAAGUAAUGAGGAGGCCACUUUUUUCCUCAGAUUAUUCUCUUGCCAAGUGUGUGAUUGCUCUUGAUGAGAUUGGGCAUGUUCAUGAAGAUUGUUAUAUGAAAGCCUUGGAAAUCUUGAAGGACAACCCUGAAUGGAGAGAAAUUUUUCUUAGCUUGACACCUUCCAGGAAACAGCAGUGGUUAUAUCGUGUUAAUUGUGGAAGGUUGGCUCCUGAUAUAUCAGAUGAAAUUCUUACUUAUUUUGUAAAUAGAUUAGAGAAAAUUAUACAUACAUAAGUCUUUAUUUUGUUAUUGAACUUUAUGAUAUGUCAUUAAACUUAUAAGUUUGUGCUGGUGAUGAGGUUUUAUGAGCCUUUAUUCUUUUGUCAUUGAACUAUA